UAAGUUAGAACAUGAUUAACUUAGAUUACUAAGUUACAAUGAUCUAAAACAUAUGCUGUCAGCACUAAUUGAUCCUAUAAUCUUUUGCAGUGCAGUUUUGAUUCGCAUUUCUGUUCUUCUCUCCCAUUUCCCUGCUCAAUCAUCUAGUUAAUUAUUAUUAUUAGUAUUAUUACGCAAGUAUUGUCAACUGCAUUCCAUGUUUAAUGGAAUCCCAUUCACUUCACUUUGGGGCCGAUAAACAGGGACACACCUCCCAGCCAGACCUGUUUUGAAGGAUAUUAUACAGACCAAUGCAUUUUGGAUUGUGCUCAGCAAUUUUUUAGACAGACUGGAAUGUUUAUCCCUUAAUAAAGAGAGACAAUAGAGAGGCUCUCACUGUUGUUGACGCGGGACGCUGGGUAGGUGGAGCGGACUGCCGUCAAAAUAUCCACACCUCUCCUCCUCCUCCUCACUUUACAAAUAUAUGUUGCUGUCCAUCAAUAAUACAGCACUCAGAAACCAGCUGGAAGUCAUCAGUUGCCAAGUCGAAGCUUGAAGGCUGAAUCUACAAACUUUUAAAAAGCUUUUGAAAUCUUCAGUUGAGUAUCAUGAGCAGAACAGCAGUGGUUCUGGUGAGUUUGGUCUUCAUCCUUUCCGUUGGUGCAGAGGAUAAGUCUAGACUCUACCGCAGGCCUGCAUGUGGAGGUUUGAGUGUGAGUCAGGCAUGUCCUCUCAACUACUCUCCUGUCUGCGGUAAUGAUGGCAACACAUACGUCAAUGAAUGCACCCUGUGUGUGCAGAGAAUGCACUCUAAUGCGGACAUUUUGAUUGUGAAAGAUGGCCGCUGCUGAGGUGGACGACCUUAUCAUCUCUUCGCUUUUCAUAUCUAUGUUUGUUUACGAGUGUUUUUGCAAUACUCAUCCCAAUGUUUUCAGUACACUAAUAUACAGUAGAGAAAACCUACUGCAAGUUAAGAUGAGAAAUAAAAAAUAGGGAAACACUUUGCAUAGCUCCAUUUGUUUACAUUAAUUAAAGGGAUAGUUCACCCAAAAAUGAAAGUUAACUAUUUUCUCGCUGUCAAACGGUUUCAAACAUUUAUGAGUUUGUUUCUGCUGUUGAACACAAAAAAGAAUAUUUAUUUUGAAGGAAUCUUACAAAAAUUCAAUUUUAAGAAAAUGGUUAUAGAAAACCUCCCACAUAGCAAAAUUUAUCUGGCCCAGCUCUGGCCCACACAAUCAGGUUUGGCUUGGCCCACAUGCCGCAGUGAAUUACGGUACAUGACUGGACCAAAUCUGGCUUCCAGACAAGGGCCAAACACAGACCAUAUCUGGGCCAAGUCUCAGCCAAGUUAAUAACUCAUAACUGGGCCUGAACUGGGACAGAUAGGUUGGUGUGUCACGAUUGCAAUGAAAUUGAUAAACCCAUGGAGUGAUGCGCUU